AUGAAUCGAUUCGUACAAACCCGUGUUCGGCUGUUCAAUGAUCGUCAACUACAUCUACUACGAGCGGUGGACGUAUUUGACGAAUUGAUUCACUUCCUGCGAAUGUUUCUCACACAAUGUGGCGUGGAUAUUCUGCUGAUGGAGAAAUUUCGUUGGAAUUUUAGAACCUGGCUCUGCGUGGCUUGUAUCUUAUCAUUUCUUUUGUCGGUGAUCUACACGGUCGUCGUUCACUGGAAGGACUGGUAUGCAAUUAUGAAUGCACUCUCGAUCAGUGGCAUAGGUUUUCAAGGUAUGAUCAAGCUGUACAAGGCAAUGGCGCACAAAAGUUUUUUCCAGGAAAAGUAUCUCAAUCUUCGGGUAGUGCAUGAAAGAUCCUCCGAGCAUCCUCGAAAUAAUGUUGCGAUGGUAAAGUGCGCCCUGAUUAUUUUGUACGCUUUUCGGUUUUUCUUCGUGUCUUAUGCCGUGGCCGGUAUGGCGUUUUUCGUGCUGCCAGUUUACAUGAUGGUCGUACGGCAGGAAAAAAUGAUGAUUUUGGCCCUGGAGUUACCGUUCGUCGAUCCAGCAACGGAAUCAGGAUUCACAGCUACUACGGUGUAUCAUUCGGUUUUGGUGGUGUUAGCGAUAAUGGGGAUUCUAGCGGCGGACAUGGGAAUAAUGAUCUUUAUUUUGCAUAUGCUUGGAAUUGUAGAUGUGUUUAUGAACAAUCUGAAGGAACUAGACGAACUGCUGGUGCUUUCGGCGUCCGAAGAAAGCGUUAUUACUGACAAAGUAACUGAAAUUUGUAAAAUGCACAGAGAAAUUAUACGAUACGAGGAAGACUUGGACGAAUUCUACCAUCAAACUGUUUUCGUUCAGGUGAUUACUUCGGUAACUUGCCUCAGUUUGACACUGUUCGUUAUAUACAUGACCAAUGAUUGGACUAGGAUUAUGUUCAUAUUUGCCACAUUCACGCAGUUGUUGGAGUUUUGUCUGCUUGGCACCGUUCUAACAUUGAAGAAUGAUCAGAUGAUUCUUGCCAUAUAUGACACUAAUUGGUACCUGUUAAGCAAGUCGGAUCAGAAGAAUAUUGCAAUAAUGUUGCAUCGCUCCCAGAAUGCUGUUGAGAUGACUAUUGGUGGAGUUGCUUUGCUUAAUAUGGAAACUUUUGUCGAAAUUAUCAAAACAAUAUAUUCCUAUUUUGCAAUGAUGGUUAGUUUUCUUGAAUAA